AUGCCGGCCUCGGUCGCGACCAAAACGGCCCAGAAGCCAGUCAGCAAGCCUCAGCAGGCCCAGCAGAACCAGGCCGAGACCGAUGACAAGACCAUCGAGGACUUCCUCGGCGUCCUGGGCAAGUUCGCAGCCGGGGAAGGGUUCCAGAGAAUCAAGCGGCUGGACCAGGAAAACGAGAGCCUCAGAAGAAACAUCGAAUCGCUCCGAGACGCAAAGGACACCUAUCUCCAAGAGUUCCUCGACAGGUACAUGAAAUGGGAUUCCGACCGCAAAAGCUACGAUGCGCGGAUAGCCGAGCACGAGAGGCAGCGCGAGCGGCAUAUUCAGGAGAGCAGAACGGCCAGCGAGGCGCUCGCCGCAGAGGGAAGGAGGGUCAGGGAGCUCGAGGCGGAGAUGGAGAAGCAGGACCAGCGCAUCCUGCAGCUUGCCGAGGAGGCCAACAACAAGGUCGAGGAGAUUGCGCGGUUGGAGAAUGCCAACCAGGCACAGGCGGACCAGCUGGGGCGAGACAAGGAGCUGGCCGAGCAGGCCGAGGCCAACCUGGAGGCGCUCACGGCCCAGCUCAAGACGACGUUUGAGGAUUUCGUCGGCGCCAAGAAGUCGCUCGAGUCUAUGCGAUCCUUUCUUGCCGAGCUGCCCUCGUUGGAAGACACGAGGCCGCAAAUAUCCGAAGCAUUGGAAUCGCUGUUUCAGAGCGCGCUGCAAUCGUUCCGGUUCGCCUUGGGCCAUGACUUGGAUCCGGAGCAGCUCGAAAACAGCCGACCAAGCGUCAGGAACCACGCCAUGCCGUCGCCCUCGCUGCCGCUGCCGGCGACAAACUCGCCCGCCGCGAAGCAAAUGAGGGUGGCGACCGGCCUCAUGGCAUGCGGGCAGGCCCUCGUCACGCACAUAUUCAGGCCGUCGUGGCUGACGCUCGACGGCGAGCUCGACGACGUGCUGCGCCUCGUGGCCGAAUCGCGCCCGGACCAAGAGGCCUUCUUCCGGGCCGUCUCGCUCAACACGCUGCCCGAGGAGCAGGCGGCCAACCAGGAAAAGAGCAUCAGCAACGUCGUGCUCGAGGUGUCCGGGUCGCUCAGCAUGUGGGUGCGGGAGAGCAAGCGGCAGAGGUUCGCCUCCAUGCUGCAAGACGUGUGCCGCCAGGCAUGCGAGAGCUGGGCCCUGAUACAAAAGACGCACGAGAGGAUCUGGCCGAGCCUGACGUUUGACAUGCCCGAGGACUGGAGGGCGCUUCCGGCCCUGUCGGUGGAGACGGCCGCCGCCAACGGCGAGGCCGACGGCGCCGCUUCCGCUUCCGCUUCCGGCGGCCUCCCCGAGUGCGGCGCGCCGGUCCUGUCGGAAGCCGACGUGGCGAGGGUGGUUUGGCCGACGUUUCUUGUGGCCGAGUCGCUGUACGCCGACGAGGGCGGAGACGGCGCACUGCCCGACCUGCUGGUGCACCACGGCUACGUCAUGACGCACGCGCAGAUGGAGAGGGCCGAGACGGAGAUUUCCCAAAGGGCGGCUCGGAGGAUGAGGCGUUCGGUGUCGGCGGCCCAGGGGAGACGGCGCAGUUCGGCGGCGUUUUUGCCACAGGGCGACGCAAAGGGAUCAGGAGCCAAGUGA